AUGGGCCUGACCAACAUAAAAAGGAAGCUGUUCUCGAAAAGAAUUUCGAGCAAAAUCACCGCAGUCCCGGCCGCCCAGGCUGAGACACCCCCAAUCCUCGAGACACUGGCUGCCCACAAACCGCGACUACAUCUUCAGCCGCCAGAAGUCUUGGUUUCGAAGAGCUUCCUCUCGGGAGCUUCAAAGUCGGACAGCCAGUCAGAUAGGCGCGACUUUAGCAGAGUUGAUGUUCUACUCGAUGCUCUUCCCAUCAUCAAAGAGCUGAUCGGGCGGUGUGAGGACCACAGCAACGAUCAAGCCGUUCGAAACGGCGCAUCUUACCGCAGGAGUCCAAAAUUUGCAUACUUGGGCCGUGCCUCAGCAGCUAUCAGUCUCCUGGAAAAGCACCUCGCCAGUAUACAGGAGAGUGGACAAGCCGAUGAAUUCAAAAACACCAUCACUCAGCUUGCCCAAUGUCUUGAGUCAAUGUUGGGAAAUCCUGAAACUGCCGUCUCAUAUGACCUACUACGUGAUCUGGGGGCCCAGUCCCAGACGCCAUCUAAGAACACGGAAGUCCUUUUGAACUUGGCACAGCAAAAUCUUGAUUCCCGUGGGAUUGAAGACUGGAAGGACUUCUCGCAAUCACUGGCCACAUUGACAGAUCAGCUGCAGUGCGUGGGCCAUGAUGUCAAAGAAGAGAAACUCGAACAGGACCGCGCUACCAUCCUCCGACGGCCACUUCCAGGAGUUGGGGAGUUCAUCGGCCAUACUUUCUCCGUGAUGGCCUGUAACUGCAACUUGCAGUCUGUCCGUGAACUGGGUCUCCGUCUUUGUACAUACAAAGGACCAAACGCCAAUGCGCUCCCGGGAAUCGUCACUGUUUUAGCAAAGGAGGAACAAGGGCCACUGAGGCAAUGGGGUGAAAUCCAAGUCCACAGCUGUCAUGAGAUUAGGAUCGAACGUCAAGCGGGAAAUUGCAAGUGUGUCACCGACUCUUGCUCUCAGGGCCAGCCCAGCCCAACACGAUGGCCGUACUUCCCGUUAGACCCCAUGGCAUUCAUCUGUGACCGUUACAAGCCUGGAUUUCGUCCUGAAUUUUGGCGACUCAAUAUCCUUCUGCACGACUCCAAAAUUUCCAAGUGCUGGGCCGAUAAACGUGCUCUUCUACCCGCCGCCUUGGAAAACCAGAUCAAUCUCAAACAGCUGAUAUCACCGACCGGCUCAACAAUGUCCGGAAUAGCGAAGAUGACCCUGUCGGUGUUCCUAGCCUACUCGAUAUUCUACCUUUACGGUGGAUCUUGGGCGAGAGGGGGAUGGAAGCGAGAAAACAUUGUGUUCUUCGCCGAUGGCAAUGUCAUACCAAUGCGACCGUUUCUGAAGGUGCCUUCAGCGAGGUCACCAUCGGAUAAAUCUCAAUCGCAGGAUGAAUUUGUGAGCUUCCACAGAUACCCGGAAUUCUUGGAACUCGGCAUCAUGCUAUUAGAAAUUCAUUUCGGACAGAGCCUCGAACGGAUGCUCGGACGGGAUCAGGACAUCGUGUCCAUAGAUGAAUACUUUGCCGCUGCUUCAGAGGUAUAUGACAAGAAGAAGUUGGACAUCAUCUCGCGGGGCUUACGAUAUGCAGUCGAAAGCUGCUUGCAGCCGGAUUUCAACAUGGAUCUUGGUAUUGAGGAUCCAGGAGACGACGAGCUGCGCAGCAAAAUCUUCGAUUCUGUUGUCCAACCACUGGAAGAGGAACUGGAGCGGGCAUUUCAGGAAUUCAUCUCCAUUGAUUCCUUGGACGAUGAAGCAUCAACCAAAAUUAAACUACCACUCCAAUCGCCGAAUCUCGGGCCAUUGUUAGGAGAGAUAGUUGGCCAAGGGGGGCAAGUUCGGAGUGGCCAGAUGAAGUAUAACAAACUCGAAAUUCCUGGAUCCGUACCUCGAGUUGUAAGAGGUGCAUGGAGGGCUCGGUCGUGCUCACCAUCAGUCGUGCCGCAAAGCUUCGAGUUAUUCAGCAACGAAAGCAAGACGACAGAGCCACCGUCGGACAUGCAUACCGCGACUGAUGACUGGAUCGAGCGAUUUGUACGGCUCGUCAAUCAAUUCUGCGUCGACAAUGACAAGGAUCGGUCACCUGAGGAGCAAAACUCUAGUCGACUUAGAGUUGCCAUCCUGGACACAGGCAUUGACAUAAAUCAUCCAGAAAUUCUUGGUGACGAACGAGUACGGGAGCGCAAAAGUUGGACUGGUUCACCGGCGGACGAAGAUGCCUCAGGCCACGGCACACACAUUGCGAGCACCAUUCUCAGUCUCACCAGUAAUGUCGACGUGUACAUUGCGAAGGUCACUGAAAACAAUGUGCUUGAUGAUACGGAUCGCGUUUCAGAUGCGAUCACCUUUGCGUGUCAGGAGUGGAAUGUCGACAUGAUAUCUUUGUCUUUUGGCUUCCAUCGUGGCAUCCCAUCGAUUCAGAGGGCCAUCGACAAUGCCGUAUCCCCAGAUUCCAACGUAAUUAUCCUCGCAGCAGCAUCGAACGACGCGUCAAACACGCCCCGAGCAUACCCAGCCAGCCACGAUAGGGUUAUAUGCGUUCAUUCGGCUGACGGAUUAGGAAAUCGGUCAAAAUUCAACCCUACGGCUGUCGAAGGGACCGAUAACUUUUGCGUCGUUGGCGAGGACAUCGAGGCUGCAUGGCCCUCUGGACAGGCUCAGUACCAAGGUGUGCGCCGCAUGUCGGGGACGUCGUUCGCUACCCCAGUAGGUGUCGCUGUUGCUGCAUUCAUGCUAGACUUUGUGGAGAAGAACGCUCCGGAGCAUGCGGGCUGGCUAACUCCUCUGAGGAGUUACCGUGGGAUCCGCGCUAUAUUUAAUGCGCUGUCUCAGAGGAGGGAUGGUGCUUACCGUCUGGUCAAUCCGCUGUAUGACUUUUCUCGAGGUGAGGCCGCGGUAACAGAAGUGCUCAGCAGGAUAGAAAACGAAUUGAAUAGGUAG